AUUUGUGGUAAUUUUUUGCCUUAUCAUUUAAUUUGCCUAUUGCCUAAUUUUUUUCGGAAAAUUAAAUGUUGGAAAUAUUAUUUUCAUAAUGUUAUCCAAUGGAAAGUUUCUUGUCAUUAGGAAAGAGAUAAAAUUUGACCAAUCAGUAAGCAAAUUAGCCACUCGGAUUAAUUACCACUUAUACAGUAAGGUAUUUGAGGUAGGCAGAGUUGAAUAAAUAUUCUUACUUAUUAACCUUGAUUUAUCAAAUAUAAGUUGAGAAAUCAUUCCACUCUGCCUGCCUUAAUGAAGUAAAUAUUUCUGAAGUGCAAAUCUAUAAAUCUAGUACAGGUCACUUUGACCUAAUUACAUGUAAUAUAAAUAUAUUUAAUAAGUCUACCAAUUAAAUCAUGAUUUAGAAGACAAAAUUAAAUCAUCACCUAUUUCCUAUUACUUAGCUAUAAAUAAAUUUUAUGAUGAAUCGGACAAUCAAAAUGGCACCAGCUGGCAGUCUUUGAGUGGAUAGCUAAGUGGCGACAUAUUUUACUGGCUCAGCUAUUAUCCUGUUACAUAGUUGAAUAUGACACCCUGAUGAAUGGUGCCCUGCUACACAUAUAUAUCAGCCAUAUUGUCAUCAACAUUCACAAAUUAUUACAAUUGUCUAUAAUGUGACGGAAUGAAGGCUUCAAAAAACAGAUAAUAAGAAAAUUCUGAAAAAGGAAAAUUUGGAUUAAACGUUGCAAUAAUGUAUCAGUUUGGGGAGGAUAAGGUUACUCUAAAACAUUGGACAGCCAAAAGGAUCAAAAAGCCGCCUGAGCCAAAAGAAAUUGUUGAUGAAGAUGACACGUCUUCUACCCCUCUAUCUGUCUCACAGCUCAGAAGGGGGUUCAGUAAUGGAAUAACACGCAAAAACUCACCAGAAAAUGUUCAACCUGUGAAACCAAAUCAGAAUCUGACUUCCAAAUCUCAGCAGAAUGGAUCGAAAUUAGCUAAUACAAAAUCACCAGAAUGUGUCAGGGCUGUGACAUUAAAAUCAAGAACUCCUUCAAGCUCACCUGCUAAUAAACAAACAGUAAAGCAAAGAAGCCCAUCAAGAUCGCCAGAAAUUCAAAGAUAUUUGAAAACCACAGAUUCUGCUGGGACACAGAGGGUAAACGGUGAUAGCGUACAGUUAGUUGAGACAGAGAGGGUAAGCUGUGAGAGCGUACAGUCAGUGAAUAGACAGAGAACUGAUAAAGAGAGCCUACAUAAUGACUAUCUACAUGCUCCUGGGCAUCAAGAUGGGUAUCUUAGUGAUUCAUCCACAGAUUACAUGAAGUUACUGAAACCUCGUGUAGUAGUUGAAGGUAACCAUAGUAACAGGAUGAUGUAUUUAAAGAUUCAGCCUAGUUUACACCCCUUAAAACUCACUGCGCUCAUUUCCUGUGCUCUGCACUUGAUAUUUCAUCAGAUUUUCUGUAUUGUGUUCAGUGAAAAUGCAAUCUAAUGUAAUAUGUAAUUAAUGAGAUCAUGAAUGGGGUUUGAGUGUGCAAAUAGUCAUUGAUUCUCAUUAAAAUGUAAUAUCAACUACACACAAAACAAAAAGCGUUUUCAAAUGUAAAAAAGCAGUUCUUUUCAAUCUGAUCCCAGAGGCCUUAUUAGAAUGUUCCAUUUGUCAUGUUAAAGUGAAAUCAAGCUUCAAUCAGACUCUGGAAUAGAAGAGCAAAUAGCAGAUCAAUUAACUCCUGUAGCUGAUGAAUAAGUUUUUUUGUAGCUGAUGAAUAAGUUUUUUGUAGCUGAUGAAUUAGUUUUUCAUAGCUAAUGAAUUCGUUUUUCAGAGCUGAUGAUUUAGUUUUCAUAUAGGUGAUGAAUUAGUUUUUCAGAGUUAGUUUGUCGUAUUGGUUUUUUUAUUUAUGGAAACAAAUAUGAUAGUCGCCUUUUUCAAAAAUAUUCCAUUGUUGUAUGAAGGCCCAGGUUAAAACAUCGGUGACCAUCAAAAAACAUGGUUAAUUUAGUUAGGUCUUGACCCAUCCCACUCCCCCUUCUAACGGAAGUCAAAAUGUUGAAUUUUCUCAAUGAAAUUUCAACUUAUGAUUUGCUUCGUUUAUUAACGAUUUUUUAUCACCAUCUGACCUAGUCAAAUAUGUGAAAGACUGAAAACGAUGUCCGUC